AUGGCCUCCGAUAAUGCAGAUCACCCCGCGCGAGACCCCGCGCCCAAGGGAAAAUCCCGCAAGACCGAUCCGAACGCUCCGAUCCGAAAACGCCGCAAGAGAACCGUGGUAAGCGGAGCCCCAGACGACUGCUUUGCCUGCUCCAAGCGAGGAGCACGGUGUGACCGGCGCCGACCGUAUUGCUCCCAGUGCCUCGACCUGGGCCGCGAAUGUUCCGGAUAUAAGACAACGUUGACAUGGGGUGUUGGAGUCGCAAGUCGAGGGAAACUCCGGGGCCAGAAGCUCCCGGUGAUGGAAUCGGAAGGAAAGUCGACGGGGAGUUCUGCAAAAUCACAACCGAAGGCUGCAAGUAGUGGUGGACCGUCAUCUUCAAAGGUUCCUUACAAUGCUUCGGUCCCGAUGGCUCCGUCAACCGGUCCUGCGAUGGCAUCGUUUGGCGCAAGUACGCCGAGUGUGAAAUUAGAAGGUAGCCCACCGAUGAUGCCAGCUGCCUUCGACAUGUCUUCGAACAUGGCUUGGGCAAUGGACAUGCCAGAUCCACAAUCGUGGUCGAGCACGCUUGCUGCUCCGCCUGCGAUUUCAGGGCUUCCGUUACCCAGUCGGCCGAUGAUUCCAAACAAUACAAGCCAACACAUGACCCCAGAGCCGCCAUUGCUAUAUGCUCCCAUCCAAAGCCCGACGGCUAAUCGCGGCUCUAUGGUUUGGCCGGCUGCAGUCCCAUUCUCAUAUCAGGCUGCUACUCCCCCAGCGUCACAAGACACGGACGAGGAUGUCAAACGCGAUCCUAACUAUCAUGUGCUCUGGAAUGCUGCCCAUUCUCCGUCGCUCUCUCAGCAUCUGUUGGCACGAUCUGUGGGGCGGACCCCGCGUAUUCGUUAUCUCAUUAGCUACUACGCCGAAGUCAUUGCUCCCAUGAUCGUUGCCUUCGAUACCCCGAGAAAUCCAUUCCGAACUCAUGUGAUACGCUUGGCGAUGGAGAGCGAAGCUCUGCAGGAGGCAAUUGCGACAUUGGCGACGAGCAACUUGCGCCAGAGGCGAGAGCACAACCACCUCUCCACGGAACGAACUCUGCCGGCGCGUAUGUCAUCAAUGGCACAUCGUGCCCUCACCGAUGAAGAUUUCCAAGAUCGAUAUGGCAUCUCAAUGGUCGAAGGGUAUAUCAGAGAAGAGAAUCACCAUCGGGUGAUGGCUGUCAAGGCUUUGAAUGCUGAUUUGGCCGACCCUCGUCGCAGAUUGUCAGAUUCUGUACUGGCAACUUUAUUAAUACUUUGUCUUUUCCACGGCUGUGAUACUGGCGUUGCCAGCUUCCGUGAACAAUUUGCUGGAGUAACAAGACUACUUGCAAUCCGAAUGCGCCAUUCUCGUGUCGUAACAGAUGACCUCAAAUGGUUCAUCCGAAUGUUCUCGUGGUUUGAUACAUUGACGGCAACCACAAACGACCGUGAUGUUCAACUUCGCGGAACGUGCUUGGAGAUCAGCUCCAUAACUGAUGGAGAAUGGGGCCUGGAGAACUUAGCUGGCUGUGAUGGUCGUCUGUUCAAGCUGAUUUCUCAGCUAGGACGUUUGAAUCUCCUCAGUCAGGACCAGGAGCCUAACUUAUCACGCCCAAAUGACGCUGCUGUUUCCACUACAUCCCUCCCUCCUAAUAUGCUGUUCCCGGGAUGGGAAACAGUUGUGCUCAAUCCAGGAAUGGGCUCCGUACCGGAAUACGGAUUCUCUCUUCCCACGCCGCCACAAAGCAGUGACUCGUCCCGUCGUCCUUCCUCUCCAGAAUUCUGGACAGAGUGGUACUCGCUCAGGCAGCGACUCGAAUCCUGGAGAUUCGAUCCACCUACUCAGGCUUCUUUCCCUUCUCCGCCAUUAUCCGCUCCAUCUACAAUGGCUUGGAACUCUACUACCUAUGUGACGCAACUUAAUUCCUCAUCAGCAUACCAAGUGGCACCGGAGAAUCUUCAGGACAUAUACCAGAUCUCAGAGUGCUUCCGCCAUGCUGCCCUUCUCUACUGCGAACGUCUAGCCGAGCCGACCCUUCCAUCAUGUCAUGGCCGUAUCCAGCACCUUGUCCAGCUUGCCAUGCACUGCAUCAUUACCGUGCAAUCGGACGUAUAUCUUCUCUGGCCACUGUUCAUUGUCGGCUCGGAGUGUGUUCAGGACGAUCACCGUUCGAUCAUCCGCAAUCGCUGCAAGGAUAUCUCCAAGGACUCUGGCUUUAUCAACAAUCUUUCCUGCCUAGAGCUGCUGGAACGGAUCUGGGCUGAGAAUUCUGAUGAAUCUUCGUUCCCAGUUUAUCCUAGUGGGUUUGGUCCCCCGCCCCCGCUGGCUGGCGGCAGGGCACCGGCCUCAUCCCAAGCUUUCCGUUGGUCUCGAGUUAUGCAGGCCAAGCGGGGAGACGGCGAGUACAUGGUCGCGUAG